AUGACUGCCACUGGGGCCAUAGAAGCUCUAUACACUCUCAGGGACAUCGAUAAUGCCAUAACUCCGUUAGCACCACAAGAGUUGAUAGACUGUUGUGUUUUGGAACCUGAUGAUUGUGAUGAAAAAGGUUGCUACAAUUAUGCAACUAACAAAGCAUUUAAGUGGAUAAUGGAUAAUGGCAUUUCUACUGAGGAAGACUAUCCUUUUCAAGGACAAAAAGGAGACAGUAAACCAAAAACUAAGCCAGGAGUUAGUAUUACAGGUUUUAAGAGAAUUGAUGACAAUGAUCAAAUUGCUUUUCUUAAGAAAGUUUCAGAGCACCCAGUGGCUGCAGCUGUCCAUAUUUUUAAUGAAUUUCUAAAACUAAAAGGGGAAAUUUACAAAGGCCCGCAGGAUCCAUUAAUUGCAAAGGAACCAAAAGGUGUCCAUGCCAUCCUCGUGGUUGGGUAUGACACUGAGAAUGGAGAGGAUUAUUGGUUGAUUAGAAAUUCAUGGGGCAAAAAUUGGGGAGUUAAUGGCUAUGGAAAAAUACUCCGAUCUGGCCGUGUCUCAAUCUUGACAAAAAAGAAUGAAGUGAAAGAAUUCCCUCUUGUUCACAGGGUAUCAUAUCCUACUAUUUGA